GACUGAACUGCUCUCACUCUCUUGAUAGUUCACGUUCAUAUUUGCAGGUGGCAAAUGUGUGGAAAGGAAUAAUACUAAAACUUAUGACUGCAUUUGCCCACUGGGAUUUACAGGAAGACACUGCGAGGAGAAUGCCAACGAGUGUGCUCUGCACAACCCAUGCAUGAACGGCGGACGUUGCAUCGAUGAAGUGAAUAAUUACAAAUGUCAGUGUCCGGAUGGGUACAGCGGUACACUGUGCCAAUACUCGGUUAGGGAUUGUCAGAAUGAGCCGAAUGGUGGUACAUGCAUCGACACAUUACACGGCUUCCGCUGUUUAUGUACGCCAUGUUUCUACGGCGACAGUUGUUCAGAGAUUGACUCGCGAUGCAGAUCAGCUCAGCGUUAUAACCGUACUGGCACUUUCAUGGUGAAAGCGGGAAAUGAGCAUCAGAACGAUUUCAACGCAAGACGACUGACGAAAUAUUCCGAACAAAAGCCAUGCCUCUCUGCUUGUGCCGGCCGAAAUGCCGAGAUCAGCUACUUCGAAUGCGACAGAACAAUCAAAACUCAAACGAUUCCUGCCAGGAAGAAGUUGUCGCUCAGUCCGCCUUGUGACGAUCUUAGCUACAGUGAGCGAUAUGCAGUUGAGCCUACUGCAGAGUUACGGUAUGCGAAACGUUGUGAUAUUGCGCGCUUGCCGUUGCCUUCUUUAACAUCACAAGAUGGUGAUGAUUAUUACGAGGAAAUUGAUGAUGAACAAUCAGCACAAGAAAUAGCGAUACAGCAAACGGACCACGACUUAGAUUCUGGUACGUUCAGUCCUCGGGCAAUUGCCGGUGACAGUAGAAGACGACGACCACUAGACAGUCAGCAGACAACAGAUAUACAAACUAAUCUGUAAAG